AUGGCCAUCUGCAAGCCCCUGCACUACGGGACCCUCCUGGGCAGCACAGCUUGUGCCCACAUGGCAGCAGCUGCCUGGGGCACUGGGUUUCUCAGUGCUGUGCUGCACACUGCCAAUACAUUUUCACUACUCCUCUGCCAAGGCAAUGCUGUGGAGCAGUUAUUCUGUGAAAUCCCCCAGAUCCUCAAGCUCUUCUGCUCGCAUUCCUACCUCAGAAAAGCUGGGCUUCUUGUGGUUGGUACCUGUUUAGCACUUGGCUGUUUUGUUUUCAUCGUGGGUUCCUAUGUGCAGAUCUCCAGGGCCGUGCUGAGGAUCCCCUCUGAGCAGGGACGCCACAAAGCCUUUUCCACGUGCCUCCCUCACCUGGCCUUGGUCUCUCUGUUUAUCAGCACUGGCAUCUUUGCCUACCUGAAGCCCCCCUCUGCCUCCUCCCCAUUCCUGGACCUGGUUUUGGCAGUGCUGUACUCGGUGGUGCCUCCAGCAGUGAACCCCCUCAUCUACAUGCCUGAGGAACCAGGAGCUCAAAUAUACUCUGAGAAAACUCUGAAUUUGCUACUUCACAUUAUAGGUGCCAUUACCCCACAAGGGCUCCCACUGAAUCUCUGGAAAAUCAAGACUAACUCUUUUCAUGUGUCUUUAUUUUCCUAA